AUGCGCAUUCUCAUGCUCGGACUCGACGCAGCGGGCAAGACCAGUCAGUUCACGCACGAUCAACAGUCCUUACUUGGACUAUCGGGUGCUUUAUGGUUUCCUAAAAAACUCGUAGGAUUGAACCGGAACUUUCUCUCGCCACAGCCAUUCUGUACAAACUCAAACUCAACCAAAGCGUCACUACCAUCCCGACCGUCGGCUUCAACGUCGAGACCGUCACCUACAAGAAUGUAAAGUCAGUCCGGCGGAACGAUCGCGUGAUUCGUUUUGUUUGACCAUCAGAGGCUGAUUCAUCAUCGCUCCCUUUACGCUCAGAUUCAACGUUUGGGUUAGUAACACGACUCUUUGGUCCGGCUCGGCCUGUCCCCCGAAAAUCGUGUCUCGAUCGGGGAACAGAGCUCCAAGCACCCUCGACUCACACUCUUGGUUGCCCCUCUCCAACAGGACGUAGGAGGCCAAGACAAAAUUCGACCCUUAUGGCGCCACUACUACACCGGCACCCAAGGCCUCGUCUUUGUCGUCGACUCGCAGGACCGUGAUCGUAUCGAAGAGGCACGAACGGAACUGCACAAGAUCCUCAACGAUCGAGAGAUGAAGGAGUGUCUACUUUUGGUGUUUGCAAACAAGCAGGAUUUGCCGGAUGGUAUGUUUUUUCCGUGAUUAUGAGGCGGGGAGAGCUUCAGUGGCAGAACCUGAUCAUCGAGUGCACUUUCCAAUAGCCAUGUCACCAACAGAAGUGACGGAGAAGCUCGGUCUCUUGCGGAUGAAGGACCGAAGUUGGUACUGCCACCCUUCCAACGCCCUCGAUGGAGAUGGACUGUUCGAAGGUAGGUUCAUUUCGGUGUUGAUCACGCUAGCACGCCAAGAGACCAUGCUUAUGUCCACUUGUGUCCCGUCUCCUCUUUGACCCACCAGGCCUCAAUUGGUUAUCGCAAAACAUCAAGGCGCAGAAGUGA